CUCAUGCACUUGACCUGUUUGAUGAAAUUCCUCACAAUUUUUUUUUUAAAACAUAUAUACCUUUUGUGUCUUGUCUUCUGGAGACAACUAAUAAGGAUUCGUUCAUUAUAUUGUAGUGAAUGGAUGAUGGUCCAGAGAUACUUGAGCCUGCAAGUUUCCUGCAAACUCUGCCCCCAAUUGAGUUUGCCUGCAUAUAUGGCUCCUCCCUCCAUCCUAACAAUUUUAACAAGACAUCCAUGAUAGAUUACAUUCUUGGCGUGUCAGAUCCCCAGCAAUGGCACACUCAGAAUCUGAAGACGAACCGGAAUCAUUACGCAUCAUGGAUGGUCCACCUUGGCGGACCGCGGCUGAUUACUGAGGUAGCAGAUUACAUCGGUGUUGGUGUACACUUCAAUCCAUUUGUUUCUCACAAGGAUCGGAUGUUCAAGUACGGGGUUGUUCGAAUGCAUGAUCUUGUUCAGGACAUUCUGGGAUGGGAGAGGUUCUACAUGAGUGGCCGUUUGCAGAAACCAGUUAAAGUCAUAAUAGAUAACUUGGAGAUAGAAAAACUCAAUUCUGUAAAUCUGAAGGCUGCAACCUCCGCCGCUCUCCUUCUUUUGCCGUCAAAGUUCAGUGAGGAAGAGUUAUAUGCCAAAAUAUGUAGCCUCUCAUACAUGGGUGAUCUUCGUAUGCUUUUUGCAGAGGAUAAAAAUAAGGUGAAAAAGAUUGUGCAAGGGCAAUUUAAGUUAUUUCAAACGAUGUACAAACCGCUUUUAGAAGACUUUGCAGCCAGGGACUUAUUAAGACUAUCGCCUUUUAUUGAUCAAAAAGUAAACAUAAUUCAGGAUUGUGGGUUGUCUAGCACUUGUUCCCUUGUGUCUUCCCUUCCUUUGCCACUCAGAAGCAAGAUGGGAAUCAAGCUCGGAGAGGAGAAAAUGUUUGAUGAAUCUGGUCGAGCUAUACGAAAAAUGGUAAUAAAAUCAAAGGAAGAGGGUGCAGAUUGCAUGCGGAAGAUUCUGAGAAACAAAGUAAUGAUUUCCAGUGCAAGACAAGCUGUUGCGGGUCUACUGACCGCCGGUGCAGUGCAUGGAUUAAGAUACGUUGGAAAUAAAAUGCAUAAGGCAUGGAAAUCGUGGUGGGAGAAUCAAGAAAGUUGUAAAGACGGAAGACUGUAUUUUUGUUCUUCAAUCAGUGGCAGACAUUAUAAUUCUAUUUUUGAAAUUAUUUACCGUAUAUCUGAAACCACUUAAUCUCACUUGUUUUAAGAUGCACUGAUUUCAAUAAAAGUCCAUUUUGUCUGUAU